AUGAAAAGAAUGAUUUUAUAUUUCCUUUUGCUGGCUGGACUUUUUCCUGUUUCAGCCAGGGAGCGACAUCUUCCAAGAACACCUUUAAGUCAAAGAAAUGAUGCUACUUUUCUUGAAAAUGCUUGCAGUAAUAAACGUCUUGACCUUGUGUUCAUCAUUGAUAGCUCUCGUAGCGUUCGCCCUUAUGACUUUGAAAAAGUGAAAGAAUUUAUCUUAACCAUCUUGCAAUUUUUGGACAUUAGUCUUGAUAAAACUAGAGUGGGAUUAAUCCAAUACGCCAGCACAGUCAAAAAUGAAUUUUCACUGAAGACUUUUAAGAAGAAACAGGAUAUAGAGAGAGCAGUGAAAAGGAUGAUGUAUCUUGCCACUGGAACCAUGACAGGAUUAGCUAUUCAGUAUGCAAUGAACAUUGCAUUUUCAGAAUCUGAAGGGGCUCGGCCACUCAGGGAGAAUGUACCUAGAGUUAUCAUGAUAGUGACAGAUGGGAGACCACAGGAUCCAGUUGCAGAAAUUGCAGCAAAAACCCGAAAUUCUGGAAUUCUAAUAUUUGCUAUUGGAGUAGGAAGAGUUGAUAUGAACACACUAAAGUCAAUUGGGAGUGAACCUUAUGAAGACCAUGUUUUUCUGGUUGCAAACUUCAGCCAAAUUGAAUCACUGACUUCUGUAUUCCAAACUAAAAUUUGUGUCCAGCAUAUGUGUAGUAUAACUCAUCACGGUUGUGACCAUUUCUGCAUCAACAUUCCUGGCUCUUAUGUAUGUAAAUGCAAGCAUGGAUAUAUUCUGGACUCAAACCAGAGAAGAUGUAGCAUCCAAGAUCUAUGUGAGACUGAAAAGCAUGAAUGUGAGCACAUAUGUGUGAAUACACCUGGAUCCUAUGUCUGCCAAUGUUAUGAUGGCUAUGAGCUUGAAGAAGAUGGGAAGAAUUGUUUCAUUGUGGACUAUUGUGCUCUGAAUAACCAAGGCUGUCAACAUGAGUGUAUCAAUACUGAAGAUUCUUAUUAUUGUCAGUGCCAUAAGGGGUUCGUUCUAAAUCCAGAUAAAAAAACUUGCAAACGGCCAAACCAUUGUGCUUUGCAAAAUCAUGGCUGUCAGCAGGAAUGUGUCAGUACAGAUGAAUCCUACUUUUGCCAAUGCAAGCAAGGAUUUACUCUUAAUCCGGAUAAGAGAACUUGCAAAAGAAUAAAUAUCUGCAGUUUAGGUAAACAUGGCUGCCAGCAUGAAUGCGUUAGCACUGAAGAAUCAUAUUUGUGCAAAUGUCAGACUGGAUACACUCUAAACCGUGAUGGCAAAACAUGCAGAAGAAUAGACUACUGUGCCGAGUUCAAUCAUGGGUGUGAACAACUCUGUCUAAAUACCAGAGAAUCCUACAUUUGCCAGUGCUCUGAAGGAUUUAUCAUUAAUGACGAUCUGAAAACUUGUUCACGAGCGGACUAUUGUUUGCUGAAUGACCAUGGCUGCGAACAUUUAUGUGUGAACACUGGAACAUCUUACAUUUGCCAAUGCAUUGAAGGAUAUGUGCUUCAUGGUGAUGGGAAAACCUGCAAACAUACAGAUCUUUGUAAGUUGGUGGACCAUGGAUGUGAGCAUCUUUGUGACAGUGAUGGUGAAUCAUAUGUCUGCAAGUGUCAUGAAGGAUUCAUACUAAACAAGGAUAGGAGAACCUGCAGAAAUCAAGAAAUCUGCAAGUCCAUUGACCAUGGGUGUGAACAUAUCUGUGUUAAUAAUAAUGAUUCAUAUGUCUGUGAAUGCCAUGAAGGAUUUAUAUUAUGGAAUGAUGGGAAAACAUGCAAAAGAUGUAACGAAGGCCCAAUUGAUCUGGUAUUUGUGAUAGAUGGAUCAAAAAGUCUAGGAGAAAAUAAUUUUGAAAUUGUCAAGGAAUUUGUCUUGGGAAUUUUGGAUUCUCUUACAAUAUCUCCCAGAGCUGCACGUGUUGGUUUGUUGCAAUAUUCCAGCCAGGUUCGCACAGAAUUCACACUGAAACAAUUCAACACAGCCAAGGAUAUGAAGAAAGCAGUGACACAAGUUAAAUACAUGGGGAAAGGCUCCAUGACUGGGCUUGCCCUGAAGCAAAUGACUGAGAGAAGCUUCACUGAAGCAGAGGGAGCCAGGCGCAUCUCAGCAAAUAUUCCCAGAGUGUCAGUUUUGUUUACAGAUGGACGGGCCCAAGAUGAUGUUUCUGAAUGGGCAGCUAAAGCAAAGCAAAGAGGAAUCACUAUAUAUGCUGUUGGAAUAGGGAAAUCAAUUGAGAAAGAAUUACAAGCAAUUGCUUCUGAUCCUGCUGAAAAACAUAUUUUUUACGCUCAGGAAUUCAAAGCUAUGGAAGAGAUCACUGAAAAACUGCAGAAAAGGAUCUGUGAAGAUCUAAAGGAUUACCAGGAAACAACAAAUCAGCUUCAUGCAAUGAAUUUACUUUCUGAAGAACCUGAAACAUCUACCUUAGCAAUCACAGAUGUUCUUUCCUGUUCCAAUUUUGCUGUGCAUCACAAAUACCUUUUUAAAGAAAAGCAGUUAUGGACAAAAGCUUCAGCAAAUCCUUCAGAUGAUAAGAAAGACCUAUGCAGUUGUGAGAAUCUUAUGAAUUUCCAGAAUUUCGCAACUACUGAAUUUAGGAAACUAACACAUUGGUUCCUUAUGCGACCUGAUGUGUUGAUUGUUGAUGAUUAUUUCUUUAAAUAA